AUGCCAACAAUGCAGGUAGGUGCACAGACCGUCGCUGCAUUACCAACACAAGUUGCAGGCACUGUGAUGCCAGGUGUCCAGACAGUGCCCGGCAUCCAAUAUGCAGGCACUCCGACCUACCCAUACAUGGGUCAGAAUGUGCCCAUGCCCACGUAUGCAAGUACACCGCUUGCCUCAUUACCAACGUCAACUUGGAUCCAGCCUGCCCCUGCAAGCGCGCAGAUGCCGGCUUUCCCAACCACGAUCCCAACUUCGCAGUAUCCCGCACCUACCUAUCCAUAUCCUGUGUACCCUGGUUCGGUCCCGUUGGCAUCAGCUGCGCCUCACAGCAUGCCGACAACCGUGGUGGCCCAUCCAACAGGGGCUUCUUCCUCUACGGCCCCUGCCCCACAGCAGCCAGUUCUGGCCAGUUCUCAAGAAGCUGGUGUGGAGGCGAAGGUGAGUGCGGCGCCACUGGUUCCGGCGCCAACUCCAACGAACACGCCUGUAAUGCAUUCAAUUGGUGGUGCCAGCAGCCCUGUGAUGCAAUCCAUGGGUGCUGCCAGCACGCCCGUCAUGCAAUCACAGUCCCCGAUGGCACAGUCUUUUGUGGUCACAGGCACUCCGACGGCCCCGAUGAUGACCUCCUUGCCGGCAGCUUCGCCAGCUGCAGCAGCAGCUUCAGCUUUGCCAGCUUCACCUUUGCCAGCAGCUGCGGCUUCAAGCCCUUUUGGAGUUCCGGCGUCCCUCCCGGCCACCAAUGUCUCGGUAAAGACGCAGUCCAAGGAUCUUCGAAAACCGGGAAAGAAGCCGAAGAAGGGCAAGAACAAGUUUGGAUUCGGCAGGUUUCGGUGCGAGGCCUUGGGCCUGCUGGAAGAGGAGCAGGCCAGCCCUGGACUUGCCCCCAUUCUUGUUUCUGGCCUUGGUGCCAAGAUAUGCCUGACAAGCCUGGACUUGGCCUCGAGCUUGGAGCAUUGGCUACCGCAUCUCCUCUGCGAGAUCGAAGCAAUGAGGUGGAGACUUUCAAGACCCCUGGCAAACGCCGAAGUCGUGGCGGAGAGGCGCCGCUUGAGCCGCGACUUGGAGGAGCUGGAAGACUGUCGCAGGCUCUCAGUCUCAUCUUGGAAAGAAGUGUGCAACCGUUGGGAUGAUGACAUGUUUGUCUCCCAGUGCGUAGUAUUCAUAGGAGUGAAGUUCGAACGGAGGUUUCGAGACCCAGGCAUUGAUGCAGACACCUCGAGUUCUGGGGCAUUGUACUUCGGGGCCUCGCGCGAUGUGAGGCUGAGCAUGUGGCAGACGCACUUGAGCGAGCUGUCUGCUGAGCAGAAGGAAGCAGAGAAGCUUCGGCAGGACACCUCCAGCCUGCGGAGUAAGCUCUCAAGCUGCGAGGCAGAAGCAAGCGACAGAGCGAGAAGGCUGGUUGAGACCAGAGUUCAGGUGCAGGACAAGGUUCGAGAGCUUGCCAGCACGCAUGAGCAGCUGAACAAGAAGUUCAUCGAAGUCGCCAAGGAAAGAGAGGUGAGUGACCAGCUGCGCUUGGAGAAUGGGCAACUGAUUGCUGCCAUGAAGGAGGCAGAACGAAAGUUUGUGGCAGUGCAAGCCGAAGUCGCAAGCUUGAAAGCCGAACUGAUGGCAGACAAAGUACAGCUCACACGAGUACAAGCGCGCAACACCGAACUUGAGGCCAAUUCGGACGAACUGCGAGCACGCAGUCGAGAGCUGGAGGAGGAACUUGCUCAGGAGUCACAAGCAUCCUCCGAGGCAGCGCAAAGACUGCAACUGCAGGAGCGACAGAUCGAAGACUUGCAGAGACAGUGUGGGCAGGAGCAGGCAGAGGCUCAACAAGCUCGUCAAGAAUGCCAGAGGUUGUCAAAGGAGGCCGAGGCUGGCCAAGCCCAGAUGGUUGCCUUGACGCAGGAGCUGGAGGCGCAGCGCGAGCUAGUCCUGUCUAUGGAGGCUGAGCUGGUGCGUGGGCAGAAGGAGCUUUGCGAGGCUGUGUUCUGUCGACUCCGCGAAUUGUUUGAGUCGUACGUCUACACAGAAGAGGGGAGCUGUGCACAUGAUGUUACCGGCACAGCGCCCGUGCAGGUUGUUAAUGAGGUCUUACGCCCGUUGGGCACCGGAGCCUUCCACGCUGCCGUGGAAGUUCAUGGAAGGGAGUGGAGCUAUGGGCAGACGGCGAGAGGCCCUGGAAUCUUUGAGAAUCAGCCAGCGGCGUGCGGGCAACACUCGUACCGGGAGGCGAUUCACAUGGGCUUCACAGACUUCUCGCCGUUCGAAGUUCAGAUGAUUCUUGCCGAGAUGGCUAAACGCUGGCGUGGUCGAGACUACGAUGUGCUCAGCAAGAAUUGCUGUCACUUCAGUGACGAGCUGUGCCAACUUCUUGGGGUUGGUCAGCUUCCCUCCUGGGUUGGCUCCUGA